UACAGUUUGCCAUUGAACCUGGUCGGGCAUUCGCCAAAUCGUCGAGCGGUUGAAUUUCGGGGCGCUUGAAUUUCGUACGUAACUAGAUCCAUAUCCAGAAUGAUGCUGCUCCAGCUGGGCUGCGUGGCCCUCUUCUGCUGCUUGGUUAGCGGUGCCUCGAAUUUCCCUCCCGAACUGCCGCGCUGCCACAUGGGCGACACCAGCUGCAUCAUCAACGUGUCGCACAUGCUGAUCAGACAGCACGCGAGGACCGGCUAUCCGUCCGCUGGAUUCCCCCAGGUGGAGCCCUUCCUGAUCAAGCGCUUCGACAUCUCCGACGGACGCACUGGCUCCCUGAAUCUAAAGCUCAACUUCAGGGACGUGAAUGUGGAGGGCCUGUCCAGUGUGAAGUUCGACAGAGCCGUUGGCUUUGGCGCUGAUCCUGCAACCAGCAAGUUUGAGAUGUACGGAUCCUUUCCCAAGAUCGUGCUGAAGGGCAAGUACGUGGCGGAUGGACGCAUCCUGAUCCUGCCGAUUCGUGGCGAUGGCGAUGCCGAGAUCGUGUUGCACAAUCCCAAGUUUUCGGUGAAAUUCAAGCCGGGCACACAGCAGCGCAAUGGACGCACCUACCUGAGCGUGGAUAAGCUCAAGGUUCUGGUGGAGCCACAAAAGAUGAACAUUCGGCUGGAGAACCUCUUUAAUGGCGACCAGGCAUUGGGCACCAAUCUGAAUCAGUUCCUCAACGACAACUGGACGGAGGUGUGGAACGAGCUGCAUCCCUCCAUUCAUGUGGCCAUCGCCGAGAUCAUGAAGAGCGUUCUCUCGCAGCUCUUCAAGCGCUUCGCCUACGAGGAUUUAUUCCUCGAGAACUGAGCACUAGUCGUCCUAGUCGCCAUCAGGCGCCCUAGGACUUUAGGCUAAGUGUACGAGUAUUUCCUCACCUAUCCAAGCUAUUCUCACUCACAUGGGGCGUUGCAUUCCGGCAUUCCGGCCAUUGACACAUCAUCAUCGUAUCAUCGUAUCUGCUAAGCUAAGCUUUAACUUGUAGAAUAAACAAAAACAUUCG